AUGAGGAAGAAAGCCCGUGUUGAGCUUUCGAUGAUCAUGGGCCAAGCAUCGUUGGAAAGUAAGCGAUUCUUCCAGCCGUUGGGUCUUCUCUCCGAGGUUGUUGCGGAAAUUCUACCAUCCGAUAAUCCCGAGACCCACACACAGGAGUAUCGAUGCAAGAUCAGAACACUCAAAGCGGAAAUCGAGAGCUUGCGGGUAACAGCAUCGUACAGCCGCGCGGAUCUGAAGUCGGAGAGGAUCGCCGCGAAGUCUGAAGUAUAUCGGCUUUCAACGCUGGUGUACCUAAGUCGCACUACCGACCAAGGCGAGCGAGAGGAUUCUGGCGUAGCUGCCUUGGUCGAACGAGGACUACAGCUCCUCCCUUUGAUGGGCACCUGUGAGAGACCGUUGCCGCUUCUCAUAUUCGGAUGUGAAGCGCGUACCGACGAGGAAAGGCUUCGCAUCUUGAAUCUGGUUUCCAACGCGGAGAAGACUCUUCCUGAUCGCGAACUUCAUUCUAUUAAGAAGUUACUUCAUGCUCUUUGGACACAAGAUGAUCUGCAUGCCGACAAUAUUCUCAAGCCGACUUACAUAGAGAAACUAUCGGCUGUGUUUAGUGCCAGCGAGUUGCUUCCUCACUUCGCUUAG